AUCUGAGGUGCGAAGGAAUUUUGUAAUAAAACUAUUGGGUUCUAAGGAUAUUUUAUUUGAUUUGACUUUGUUUUGAAUUUAAGGAUACGCGUUAUGGCAACAAUGGAAGGCGAGGAUUCCAUUAGCAGUAUGAAACCUGAGUGUGAUGCGCUAUCGCAUAAAGAUAAAAAUAUUUUUAUAGCCGAGAAAGAAAUUCUACAACAAACCUCCUACACCAAGGAAAAUGACUUGGAAUCAAUGACAUGCACAACAAGUUCACAGAGUAGUCGAGAAAAAUGGGGCAAGGAAAUCGAAUUCCUUUUGUCCUGCAUUGCCCUCUCGGUAGGGCUUGGAAAUGUAUGGAGAUUUCCAUUUAUUGCCUUGGAAAAUGGUGGUGGAGCAUUUGUCAUCCCAUACAUCAUAGUAUUGUUGUUAAUCGGUAGACCAGUUUAUUAUAUGGAAGUGAUAAUUGGACAGUUUUCAAGUCGCGGCUGUAUUGAAGCCUUCGAUAUGGCACCAAUAAUGAGAGGAAUAGCAUAUGGACAAGUUUACGCCACUGCCUUAGCUACAACUUACUACGCCUGUAUAAUGGCAAUAACUAUAAAAUACUUAGUAGCUUCAUUUUCUGUAACACUGCCAUGGACCCAUUGCCGCCCGGAAUGGGGCCCAAAAUGUAUUGAUGCAACAGAAAUUGGUCUAAGCAAUCAAACUGGAUUUGUUAAUAGAACAUCAUCUGCUGAGAUUUAUUUCACAAAAAGCGUCCUUCGUGAAAAACAUGAUAUCAAUGAUGGAAUUGGUAAACCUAAUUGGGAUUUGGUUUUAUGUCUUGCAGCAGCUUGGCUUAUAAUUGGAACAACCCUAGUAAAAGGUAUACGCAGUUCUGGAAAAGCAUCUUACUUUUUGGCAAUUUUUCCAUAUUUUGUGAUGAUUAUAUUGCUCUUUAGAGCUAUAACACUGCCCGGAUCAAUUGAUGGAAUAGUAUACUUUUUGAAACCUCAGUGGAAUCAGCUGUUGAAUGCAAAGGUAUGGUAUGCAGCUAUUACCCAAAUGUUUUUCUCGUUGGCAAUUUGCUUUGGUACUUUGGUUAUGUAUGCUUCAUAUAAUGAUUUUCGCAAAAAUGUCUAUCGAGAUGUCAUCAUUAUUACCACAGUUGAUUCCCUAACCUCAAUCUUAGCUGGAUGUAUAAUUUUCGGAAUUCUAGGCAAUCUGGCAUAUGAAACCAGGGCCGAUGACAUAUCAAAAGUUGUACAAGGUGGAGCUGGACUUGCAUUUAUAUCAUACCCGGAUGCAAUUGCGAAAUUCAAAUAUUUUCCCCAGGCCUUUGCCGUAUUAUUCUUCCUAAUGCUCCUUGUUCUUGGUAUUGGAAGUAAUAUUGGAAUGACUUCGUGUGUCAUAACUGUCAUUAAGGACCGUUUCAAACAUUUGCCACAUUGGCUUUUAGCAACAAGCGUUUCCUUCAUCGGAUUUGCCUGUGGAACAGUUUAUCUAACCCCUGGAGGGCAGUUUAUUUUAAAUUUAGUUGACUUUUUUGGUUGCUCAUUUAUAGCCCUGUUUUUGGCUAUUGCUGAGCUUAUCUCUGUUGCUUGGAUUUAUGGAGUUAAACGACUUUGCCAAGAUAUUGAGUUUAUGUUCAAUAUAAAGACCGGAUUUUACUGGCGUAUUUGUUGGGGUAUCUUAACCCCCGGUUUGAUGUUCCUCGUUUUAAUAUACACUAUAGCUACUUACAAGCCAUUAGAUUAUAAGGGUAUCACCUAUCCAACUGCAGUUUAUCAACUUGCCUGGGUCAUUUGGGCCAUUGGAGUUGGACAACUCCCAAUGUGGGCCAUUUAUACUGUUUAUAAACAGCCAGGAAAGUCCUGGGCAGAGAAAAUCAAAGGUGCAAUGGAACCAACUCACAACUGGGGACCAUUGGAGCCGAAAAUUCGCGAUGAAUACAGGCAAUAUCGUGCGCAACUCGGUGACGAGAGGCCAUUAAGCUUGUGGGAGCAGUUUUAUGACAACGUUUUUGGAUAACCUUAACCACUGCAGUUUCAUUUUAUAUAAUUUUUCAUGCAAUUUAUAGUAUUUAGUUGAACCAAAAAAAUUUUAUUCACGGGAAUUAAUAUACUUGGAUGUUUUUUUUUAACAAAAAAUAUGCCAUAUAAGCCGUGUAAGUUAUUGCAACAAUUGGGAAGUUGCAAGUUUUGAAAGCAUAUUUGCGCCAGUGUAAAUGCAUGACAUAACUGUAUACGAUGUACUUUUUUUGAGUCUAAUAUAAUUGAGCUCAAAGUAGUUUUUAGUUUAGUUAAAUAAAUAUAGCUUAAUAGUAUUUUAAA